AUGGCAUCGCUAAUCUUGCUCCAAAUCUUGGGUAUCGUGUCCCUGAGCACGUCGCAGGCCAUCCUUGCGAGGCAAUCCCAGGGACAGCCAUUGAAUGAUAUCUACCCGAUGCAAAACUUCACCAUGCCUAUAGACCAUUUCCACAACGAGACUCGCUAUGCUCCUCACACCAAUGACACGUUUGUGCAGAACUACUGGCUGGACACGAGUAACUAUGUCGAGGGAGGUCCCGUCAUCAUUCACGCGAUGGGCGAAGAUAGCACAUUCGACCUGGAUUGGCUUCAAAGUGGGCUCGUUCACCAGGUCGCUAAUGCCACUGGAGGAGUUGCUGUGCUCUGGGGUCAACGCUACUAUUCCGGCGGCGCCAUCAUCCCAUACGGACAGUACAAUACCAGCAAUCUUCGAUUCCACAGCACCGAACAGGCGCUGGCAGAUCUUGCAUACUUUGCUCAAAAGGCUGUGUUCGCUGGCCUCGAACACAAGAACUUGACCGCGCCUGGCACACCCUGGAUCAUCAUCGGAGGCUCUUAUGCCGGCGUCAUUUCUGCUUUCACCCGCAUUCAGUAUCCCGACCUCUUCUGGGGCGGGCUAUCUUCAUCGGGAAUCACGACGGCGAUCGAUGACGCUUGGUCUUACUAUGAUGUGAUACGCCGCUAUGGUCCGAAGGCAUGUAUCAGCAACCAGCAGCAGCUCGUCGCCUUGAUGGACAAUGUAUACAGCAGCGGUAAUAAAACAGCGCUUAGUCAAUUGAUAUCCGCCUUCAAUCUCUCCGAAUCCACGCCAUAUUCCGAUUUCGCAUCCUAUGUCGACACGCCACUACAGGAAUGGGACCUGUCAUGGGCUUCUCAAAACACCCCGAUCAACGGUUCGGGGUCAUACUGCAACUACCUCACGAAUCAAACCGACGUCGCCAACGCCAGUGCCACACUCAAGGCUACUGCCCGCUCGUUGCUCCGCUAUGCCAACAAGACCGCAACACCCGACGCCAACGACUUGUACUACCCUCUGCUCAAUUUCGCCGGCUACAUGCUCAACACCUACUCCUUCUGCGAUGGUCAAACCGUGGAGGAAUGUCUUAGCCUAUACACUCCUACCCCAUUCACCUGGCUCAUCUGCACAGAGUAUGGCCAAUUUGCCACGGGAUAUACUCCAGGUAGUCCUGGCCACCCUGCCGCCUUGCCCUUGGUUUCUCGCACCCUAACACCGGAGUACUUCCUCGCCCAGUGCAAGAAGACUUACAAUAUCACUUACGGCCCACAGCUGCAGCGAUUCAACAAGUACGGCGGUGUGAACCUGUCUUACCCACGCCUGGCAAUCUCGACGGGACAAUUCGACUUCUACAGGCCCUUUGGCCCGUUGGCGGAGUUUCUACCGAAUACCACGGCCAAGCCAAAUCCGAGGAUCGCGAGCAACGGUACAAUUGCCGCCCCUCAGAUCGUGAUAGAAGGAGCAUAUCAUGAAUGGGACUUUUAUGGGUUUCUGCCCAACCAGACGACGAUGUUCAAGACGCCGGUUGCCGUGCAGAGUGCGAAGAGUAGGGAAAUUGAGGCUGUGAAGACCUGGUUGCAGGAAUGGAACCAGACUCAUACUUAG